AGAAUUUCAACAAAGUACCGCAAAUUGAGGAUUUCAAAGAAGAUGCUGCAAAUACUUAUUCUUUCCGCCUUGUGCUUUGAAGUUCAUGCGACUGUUACGUUAGAGGAGUGCUUAGACAAGGAUAAAAAGUAUGCAGAGGAGGCUUUUGCAUGCGAAGAUGUGGCGACAGAAAAAGUCUGCAAAAAAUUCUUUCCUGCGCCGUCAACAGCACCAACAGUAGGUGCAGAUGUUGAUAGACAGGAACAGUGCUGGAAGGGUGAUACCAGUCCAGACGACGAAAUAAUAGCGGCUGCUAUAGAUUUAUGCCCAAAGACGUGUGCAUUAUGCUGCAAGACGGCUGCUUUCGAUUGCGAAGAUGACGAAAGCUUUGACUGCGUCAAUUUGAAGAAGAAAAACCAGUGCAAGGAUCCAUGGAAGACACAGUUGAAUCUUGUGGAGAAGUGUCCGAGGACGUGUGGAUUGUGCGAAGAAAAGAAUGGAGCUUGCGAAGAUAAAGAGCCGAAUUGCGACAAGGAGCAGUGUAAAAACACAGAUUUCCAAGCAGCAAUGAAGGUAAACUGCAAAAAAACCUGCGGUUUUUGUGAUGAACAAACAACCGCAGCUGCUGAAACCACCGCACCGGCAGAAACGACUAAACCGGCGCAAGAGACUACAAUGGCUGGGAAAACGACAGCACCAGCGGGAACAGAACCUACCACUACUCCUCUUUGCGGAUCAGACCCGAGAUGUGAUAAAUGGAUACAGAAUGGAUUCUGCACGAAUAACCUCUAUCCCGACGAAUACAAAGCGAAGUACUGCGGUAAAGCAUGCGGAAAAUGCUAGUAGAGAAGCCAUUUUGAUUCGACAGCUCGCUCAUUGGUCG